UGACUGAGAAAACGUAACGAACAGGAAGCAUGAAGACAAACAGUUGACACGACUGGUGUUGUAGGUAGUGUGUUUGCAUGGUGAGAUGUUUUAGUAAAAGUCUGUGGUAUACAACAACAACAACAACAACAACAAUAAUAAUGAUAAUAAUAAGGAAUUAUGAAUAAGGAAAAUGCUGCAGUCCCAAAUGAGAAACACUGUCAUGUUUCUUCCAUUUUUUGAUUUAAAUUUAAAUGUGAAACAGUUUGUCUGUUGCCUCCAGAGCCAUUACUGUAUAAAAUAAUACGUCUCUUAUUGCAGGUUUUUGAUGCUCUCAAACACUUUAGGCAGGACAAGUUUAUUUCUGCAGCACCAUUCAGACACCAGGCGCUUCACAGAGCUUUACAGAGGCGUGGGGAUACAUAAAAAUAGCACAUUAAGAUUAAAAUAGCAUUUAUAAAAUAAAUGAAAACAAAUAAAUGAAUAAAUAAAAAUAUUUAAAUCCAUAAGAUCUGGUAGGAAACACAGGACACCAUUUUAAAAGGUGUGAUGUAGUGAAAAAAGACAUUUAUAUUAAGAUUAAAAAUGCUUUACAUGCUUUAUGAUUUAAAUGAUAAUUAACUGAACACUUAAUAUCUAAACAAGAUCUUUAAUACGUCAACAGCUCAGGCCGUUUGAGUCGUGUAAACCACAAGAUGGCGGAGUUUCACUGCGCACUGAGGACGGAGGCUUUGUGCGCGGAGCCAUGUGGUCCUGAGGAGAGGGAUCGAUCACAGCCGCUUCCUUUAUUUCAUCUUUUUAUUAUUACAUCUUCAAAUCGGUCAAAACGUCUCAUGUGGUUCAUUCUGUUUUAUUUCGUAACUUUUAAAAACGGAGUUAAGGACAGUGUGAGAUGCAGAAAGGUGGAAUUUAAGCGGUAAUUAAAUAGUAAUUGCUUCUUGCAAACAGCAGCUGAAGACGCCCUCGACCCCUGCGAAGGUUUUGAUUUUCAACACCGAGAGAUCCGGAUCAGAUCAGAUCAGACCGGGGAACCGGAGCGGGGCCGAAAACAGCAUCUCUUUGUUGUCUCCCACGUCCACUUUGAAACAAGACCACAGCUUGGCAAGACCUGGACGGCGUCAUGUGACUCUGCAUCUGCUGUCAGUUGUGGCAAGAUAACCACGCAACGAGAGAGAGAGAGAGAGAGAGAGAGAGAGAGAGAGAGAGAGAGAGAGAGAGAGAGAGAGAGAGAGAGAGAGAGAGAGAGAGAGAGAGAGAGAGAGAGAGAGAGAGAGAGAGAGAGAGCGCUGAGGAGGAGCUUGCUGCUAUAAGAUUGACUCCACGCACCAUCAGCACCAAAACUUGCCGCCUCUCCAUCCAUCCUCAUCUCUCCAGCAGCGCUCUUGCUUUGCUUUUUUUUCCCUCCAACACACACCGCCGGUUUAAUUUUUUUCUGCCCCCAGUUGGAAGGUGCACAGGUGCAUCCCACGGUUAAUGCUCUCUAUUCUCUGCUGAGUUGAUUAUGGUCACAACCCCCGCGGUGCCAAGGUGGAGCCACCGCGCGUAUCUCGGAUCGGUGCGCUUCUCCAGGGGCUGGGAUGCGCACCGGGCACCUCUCGCUUCCUGCCUGGUUUCGGGUCCGAGCAGGAGUCUAGUGCUGCCCCAGGGCGCCGCAGCAGGAGGACCCAGUCCACCCGGAGCAGGAUGCCGGUGAUGAGAGGGCUGCUGGCCCCACAAAACACCUUCCUGGACACCAUCGCCACCCGCUUCGAUGGCACCCACAGCAACUUUGUCCUGGGAAAUGCCCAGGUGCAGUCGCUCUACCCCAUCGUUUACUGCUCCGACGGUUUCUGCGAGCUCACUGGCUACGCCCGCGCAGAGCUCAUGCAGAAGAGCUGCGCGUGUCACUUCCUGUACGGCCCGGACACAAGCGACCGGCUGACGGCCCAGAUCCAAGGAGCCCUCGAUGAGAGGAAGGAGUUCAAGACCGAGUUGGUCUUUUACAAGAAGGAAGGGACGCAGUUCUGGUGUCUUUUGGACAUUGUACCCAUUAAAAAUGAAAAGGGUGAAGUGGUUCUUUUCCUCGUGUCCCAUAAAGACAUCACCGACAAGAAGAAGGACCAGGAUCCGGAGCAAGGACCCGACACAGAUGAGGAGACGGGUCUGGAGGUGCAUCAGGUAACUCGUCCCCCAGGCUUCAACGCCAACCGGCGCCGCAGUCGAGCCGUGCUCUAUCACCUGUCGGGACAUCUGCAGAAACAAGACAAGAGCAAGCUCAAGAUCAACAAUAACAUGUUCGGGGAGAAGCCUCCGAUCCCGGAGUACAAAGUAGCAGCCAUUCAGAAAUCUCGCUUCAUCCUCCUCCACUACGGCACCUUCAAGGCCGGCUGGGAUUGGCUGAUUCUGCUGGCGACCUUCUACGUGGCCGUCACCGUGCCCUACAACGUGUGUUUCACGGUGGUGGGAGGGCGGGAGGAAGGCGGCGGCGGCGGCGGCAGCGCCGCCCCUCGGAGCCCGCCCAGCGUCAGCGACAUCCUCGUAGAGAUCCUGUUUAUUUUAGACAUUCUGCUGAACUUUCGAACCACUUUUGUGAGCACGUCGGGUCAGGUAGUGUACGACGCCCGCUCCAUCUGCGUUCACUACGUCACCACCUGGCUCUUUGUCGAUCUCAUUGCCGCCCUGCCCUUUGACCUGCUGUAUGCUUUCAACGUCAGCGUGUACUUCGGGGUCCACCUGUUGAAGACGGUGCGGUUGCUCCGGUUACUGCGGCUGCUGCAGAAGCUGGAGCGCUACUCCCAGUACAGCGCCGUGGUCCUGACUCUGCUCAUGUCCAUGUUCGCCCUGCUCGCCCACUGGAUGGCGUGCGUCUGGUACUUCAUCGGCCGCAGGGAGAUCGAAAGUCCCGGCUCCUGGGAAAUUGGUUGGCUCCACGAGCUGGCUAAACGCCUGGGGACCCCGUACUUCCUGCCCCCCCUGGCCACGCUGGUCCCCUCCACAGUCAGCAGCCUUCCCGCCAACAGCAGCAGCAGCAGCCAGUGGAACGUGUCGGGGUCAGAGGUCGGGGGGCAGGGCUCCUGGAAUUCCAGCCAGUACUACGGAAACAUAUCAGGGGGCGAGGCCGUGUCGGGGACGGGCACCGGCGGCGGCGCCGGCCCGUCCAUGCGUAGCUGCUACGUGACGUCGCUCUACUUCGCUCUGAGCAGUCUGACCAGCGUGGGGUUUGGAAACGUGUCGGCCAACACGGACUCGGAGAAGAUCUUCUCCAUCUGCACCAUGCUCAUAGGAGCGCUGAUGCACGCCGUGGUGUUUGGUAAUGUGACGGCCAUCAUCCAGAGGAUGUACUCGCGCCGCUCGCUCUACCACACCCGCACCAAGGACCUGAAGGACUUCAUCAGGGUCCAUCGGCUGCCCAAGGCCUUGGAGCAGCGCAUGCUGGAGUGUUUCCAGACCACAUGGUCAGUCAACAACGGGAUAGACGUCAACGAGCUCCUGAAGGACUUCCCGGAUGAGCUGCGGGCCGACAUCGCCAUGCACCUGAACAAGGAGCUGCUCCAGCUGCCGCUGUUCGAGUCGGCCAGCAGGGGGUGCCUGCGCUCGCUCUCCCUCAUCAUCAAGACCUCCUUCUGCGCUCCGGGCGAGUUCCUCAUCCGGCAGGGGGACGCCCUGCAGGCCAUCUACUUCGUCUGCUCGGGGUCCAUGGAGGUCCUGAAAGACAACACGGUGCUGGCCAUCCUGGGCAAAGGAGACCUGAUUGGCUCGGACUACCUGACGAAGGAGCAGGUGAUCAAGACCAACGCCAACGUCAAGGCCCUGACCUACUGCGACCUGCAGUACAUCAGCCUGAAGGGCCUGCGCGAGGUGCUCCGGCUCUACCCCGAGUACGCCCAGAAGUUCAUCAGCGAGAUCCAACACGACCUCACGUACAACCUGCGGGAGGGCCACGGGGCCGAUGUGGACUGGGAGAGCAACGGCGGCCUGGUGAAGAAGCUGCCGUCGAUCCGUGAGGAUGAGGAGGGCGACGAGGAGCAGAACUCGGUGUCCCGCGCCCCUCGCUCCCCGCUGCGUCUCAGCAGGGGGCUCAACUCGCCCCUGCGCUCCCCCCUCCUCCCGCCCAGGCCGUUCAGAGCUCCCUCCGAGCACUCGCGUCCCACCACCCUGCAGAUACCCGUGGUCAGCUUCAGCAGCAUGCCGCCUGAGCUCAGCCCCAGAUUCGUGGACGGCAUCGAAACAGAGAGUAACUCCACCUCAUCUCAGAAGUUUGAGUUCAGUCCCAGUCUCUCACCUGCAGCACCGCCAUCCCCAUACCCAGGGACCCAGGAGCAGUCUGAGAUCAAGCAGAGCGUGUCUAAGCUGACGGAGGAGAUGAACACUCUCUCUAAACAAGUCUCCAAGCUCAGUCAGGAGCUGCAGGAAAUGACUCGCCUGCUCAAACCCCUCCUCCAAACGGCACCACUGCAGCCAAUCCUGAUGAACAUGAUGCCAAAUUUUACCCCGCCUCCUAACGGUGCCAGCCAGCUGUCGACGAACACCUGUCUCGCGGUGCCGCCCCCCGCCACACCUUGUCCCCUCCAGAGACCUGACAUUCAUUCCCUGCUGGACAGUGGAGACAUAGAGGGUGUGGAUUUGCCAGGAUGCCUUCUCCCAACUCCUCACUCACCGAAACGCCCUAAUUCAUCUCCGCCACAGCCCCCGUCCAAAUCCCCAGGGGGCAGAAUCAUCGGUCCCGUACACUCCGACCUUCUCGCACCUGAAGAUGGUCUUCCUGACGGACCCCCGGCGCCCUCCAGCCUCCACGCUUCCUCCAGUAACGGGAUAUUUUUGCCCCUGCUGCAGGACCAGCCUCCCCAUGCCUCGCACACCCCGUCCACCUCUCUCUCCUUCUCCAUGUCUCUCGCCUCCUCACCGUCCAUCUCCCCCUGCCAAGGCCCCCACCCGUCCCGACCUGCCAGCUGUGCCAGCAGAGGCCUGCUUCCCCCACCUCCCUCCCAGGACACCCCCCCUCCCCCAUCCUCCCACUGCUCAGCUCCCCCGUCGCUCUCAUCCUCCCCUGGAGACCACCGGAUGAGACCCACCCCCUCUGCCCCUCUCGUCUCCCCCGCCGUCUCCUUCCACCCCUCCACCAUCUCCCUGCCCUUGUCUCUGGACUCUGUCAGCGUGAGGACAAGGCAGGGAGGGACCCAGACUCCCCCUUGGUGCAGGUCACAGCUGCACCACAGGGAGGCCGGUCCUGCCGCUCGUCCUCCCCAGGAGCUGGAGAUGCAGGAGUGGGGGCGACAGGUGGAGGAGGGCAAGUCCUCCACGGAGCACAUCAGCUUCAUCGAUGAGGAGGAGCCAGCGUUAUGAAGCUGGGAAGUAGCAGAGAAUGGAAUCGACAGAGCUCAGAUCAGGGAAUGAAAAGCAGCGGGAAACAGACAGCUGGUCCAGUUCACACAGGAAGUGCUAAAAGGACAGACAGGUAAACAGAGACACACCUGGGAGGACAAGACGCAGCUGUCAGCGAAUCAGUGUGAAGGUACAUUUCUACACUGACGAACCACAGAACUACAACAGCACAAAUUGUCUUACAGUAUCAACACUCCAGUAGCUUCAGUCGCUCCGUGCGGCCGCUGGGACUCACAGGACGCGAGCUCGUCUUCAACGCGGCUCCGUCCACCUGAACUCAACACGCGACGAUUGCUUUUUAAACCCAGCAUGGACGUCUCCUCCUCUUCAAAAGGCAGGUACAAACACAUAUAUCUCAGCGGGGGAGACGUGUCUUUUACCCACACUGCACUGGGACUGGGAAUGUAAACUCCUGGUUCAGUCUCAGUCACGUCAGAUCACCUCACCUGUUGAGCCAGUCUACGGGAUUAUUUUUUUUUUGUUAUCUGCCUCUGGGCUGGUGGAGGCAAACACUCAUCGACUUCGGAUCACCUCCUUUAGAGUCACAGACGCCAUCGUCACUCACAACAACAACAACAACAAAUCUGAUUUUAAAACGUUCAAAUUUCUUUCCCUGUAAAACAAGCUUGCAGUCGAGUCACAUCUGGAUUCGUGAUCAGGUCGUGUGCCAAAGACAAAAGUUUAAAAAGAAAAAAAAAAGCAAGGUUAAUGGAAGAAGUCACAGACAGCAUCAGUACAUCACCGUUUAUCACCGCCAUGACUGUUUACAACCAGCCUGCCAGAUUGUAGAGCAAACUCCCACAUCACUCCUGAGCUUUAGCCAUCCAGCCAUUCGUGCCUUCUCCAUAAUAAAGACAUAGACUUCCCUAUGAAGUUCUUCACCUGUUCAUUACAGGCAAAGCAUUUGGAUCAAAAUUUGACAUAGAAAGCCAUCAGCGUCACCUACAGACAAUACUUGCACCUUUAUCUCAAAUGUAACUGAAUUUAUUUAUUUACUGAGGCAUGUAUUUAUUUAUUUUUGUUGAAGCGAUGAGGAAACAUUUUUUUGCACGUCUGGGAGAUGUAACAGAAACAGGCUGGGGAGGGAGGUUUACCGUUUAAAUAUGAGUGUCACUUUCCUAAUUCUUAUGUAGCACACACACACACACACACACACACACACACACACGGAGCAGAUCCUGCACAUAAUUCUCAUCAUCUACGAGCCCUUUGCCAACCACUGAGCUUUACGCUGGUACGAGACAACAGCCUAACUCUAAAACUACAAUACCCAGGCUGCAUCACUAUGGAGGCCUCAGGACUUCUGUACAUUUCUUUUCCUUUCUUCUUGCUUUGGUGAGGUGCUUUGUGCGCCAUGUUACUUGUAAUAUAGACAGUCAGAUUUCUGGUUUCUAUUUUCUGUAACGGGAGCAGGGGAGGGACGACCUGGACUCUUUACACUCAAACACAAAGAUUCACUGAGCAGGGCUCCCAACGGUGUCUGUGGAGCUCUGAUCCCGUGGGUCAUACUCUGGGGUUGGGGGGGGGGGGGGGGGGGGGGGGGGGGUUUGGGUACAUAAAAGGGUUUUAAAUCAAAUGCAUGACACAGCUUUUUUUUGCAUGAGGAAUGUGCCUGCUUUUGAGCUGUCGAGGGGACGAGGGCUGAUGGGAGUCGACGGACCGCCCGCCCGCCCAAACUGGAGGCUGUUGGGUUUCAGAUGUAUUUUAUUAAAGACUGCUGUUACAUAAGAACUUUACCAGGAUUACAUACUGUACAACAAUAAAGAAGUGUUGUUUUGUAAGA